AUGUGGUUGGUACUCGCUCAACUGAUGCUGUCAAGGGAAAUGAAGCGGAUCGUGGAGAUGGGAGAUCGGCCAAAGGUAUUGCAGACAGCAUCCCUCUCGACAGUGCCUGAUGUAGAGGACCCCAUCGUUCAGGCUCUUGUGGCCUUCAGAUCACUCUUGCUAGACCCACGGCCGACCUUCCAUCUCCGUAUGUUGCAAACAAGGAAGGAUACGAUCCUCAACGCAAUAAGCGGCAUGCUUGAUCCAACAAGUGCCAAACCUAUUAUCGCACGGCUAGAAUAUCACACCCCAGAAGAUAUCAAGAGGUUGGUGUUUGAUCAUGCGGCCGAUCAGCAUUUUCAGGGUCUACAGGAUAGACCUGGAGUGGGCAAGACAGGCUCUCCUGGCUACAAACAGCUGGAAAAGUGGCUAUACGACCCACGAGCAUUUCCGAUACUGUCCUCUGUCUAUGAUAGGUCUACGAUAUGCCCAGCAGUACUUCCCGAAGUCUGCCGCAUCAGCGAGUUCAUCCGCGUCGGUGUGGGUCGGGCGUGGAUACGACAGAGCACGUUCGUCUUUGUAGCCGAAGACUACGAAGGAGUGAGGCGCGAAACGUCAUGGCUGCGCGCUUUCUUGGCUCACUUCCCCGGCCGCGCAUCACCAUUUGCGCUUCUCCACACCAUCUGCCUCCCGUAUUGGAGUUCAUGCCCCUUUGCGGCCGAUUCGAAGCUCGACAUAGUUCGCGAAUGCGCUUUGCAGGCGCCGUUGCGUACCCUGAAGCUGGGCAUUCAGCAGAAGGAUCUACGUGGGUAUAUCGACUCGCCAGUUUCAGACGCCAGCAUCUGGGAAUACAUAGAGUUGAGCGGUCUUUGUAAGCUCUUUGACCAGGAUAUCAAAGAGGUCGUACUUGUCAAGGGAGUUCUAGAAGACUACCCAGGCUUCUGGAUCACGGAAACCAGAGAGGAUUGGGACUUGUGGACACGCAAGAUCGGCGCGGCUUUACAUAAAGGCUUUAUGCAUCGCAACCGCAAAACGCGGAUCUACAUCGAUUGGGAUUCGGACUGGCAAACGGCGAAGGACGACAGCGCCCUUUAUCUUGAGCAAAUCACCAUGGAAACAUACCAAACCCUACUUGGGGCAUGUCCAAGCAAUUAUGGGGCUUGA